CAUUUGCAUCCAAUUGUCUUCUUUUGUGAGGGAAGACACACCAGAUCCUAUGUGUCAUUCUUCUUCAAAGCCUGCAUCUCGUCAACCAUAACUGCCUGCCAUUGUGAGUCUGCACUUGCUUCCUGCCUGGUAUGAGGAAUGGACACAGAGGAAAGAGAAGACACAAAACUAUAGUCGGAAGGAGAGAGUGAGUCAUAAGGAACAGUUUUAGCAAUAGGAUGUAAAGUACAAGACCUAAUGCCUUUACGAACAGUAAUAGGCAACUUAAGAGAUUGAUUAACAGAAGGAGAAGGAGAAUUACUAGGGUCCAAGGGGACAAGAUCUGGCUCGAGAGGAGACGAUUGGCAUGGUAUGGUAGAUGCUGGAUGUGUAGUGGUUUGAGUCUGCUCUCUGUGACUAUACACAUAUCUCUGGCCGAGUCAUAGUAGGAGUGUCACUCUCCCCCUGAAACGGGAUACUAGCAGGGAUAACAAUUUUAAGAGACGGCGGCACAUCUUCCACAAUGGAAGGAGACUCCCCUUGAAGAGGUGUUGCAGUGUAGUAUGAUGCAGAUUCGUGAAAGACAACACCCAUAGUCACAAACCAACACCGAGUAGGAGGAUGAAAACACUGAUAGCCUUUCUGAGUAGGAGCAUACCCCAGAAAAAUGCAUUGGACCCCAUGAGGAACAAACUUUCCAUGAGGAUGAUGAUCGCGAGCAUAACAAACACUACCGAAUACCUUAGGAGGAACAGGAAAAGCAAUGGAACCUUAGAAGAUCCAGAGGGGAGCGGAAGGUAUGGACCUGAGAAGGUAUUCGGUUGAUAAGAAAGGUAGCAGUGAGAAAUGCGUCACUCCAGUACUGGGGAGGAACAUGUAUCUCAAACAUAAGAGAGCGUACUACCUCACUAAGGUAGCGAUUUUUCCGCUCAGCAACCCCAUUUUGAGCCGGAGUAUCCACACAACUAGUCUGAUGAAUCAUCCUAUGAUCGGAAAGGUAAGCUUGAAAGGACCCUUCAAAGUAUUCCCGACCAUUGUCGCUUUGAAGGAUCUUAAUGGUAGCACCGAACUGAGUCUGAAUCAUGCAGUGAAACUGCUGAAAGUAAUAGAAAGUCUUGCCCUUGGUUUGCAUCAUAUAAACCCAAGUAGUCUAAGAAUGACGAUCAAUAAAAGAGAAACCACCGAUAACCAUUGAUAGACACAUAGCGGGAUGGACCCCAAAUAUCAGAAUAUAUCAAUGAAAAAGGAGUGGCACUUUUAUUUCCAGAAACAGAAUAAGUGAUUCGAGUUUGUUUGGCUAAAACACAUACCUUACAAAGAAACUUACUCAAAUUAUAAUUUUUAAAGGAAGAAAAAACUCAAGCUAAAGUUCCCAAAGGGGGAUAUCUCAACUGACGAUGCUAUUAUAGUAACUCAGAGAUGGGAGGUGAUGUAGAAGAUGUUUGAAGAGCUUGACCAGAGACCAAUGCCGAGUCAUCAUCAAGCAGAUAUAGACCACUACAUACCCUACGAGAGAGCCAAUCGUUGCCCUUGUCACCAGAUCCUAAAAAACAUAAUGAGACAGGAAAAAUGUGACUUUACAAUUAAGACUGGAAGUAAGACUACUAAUGGACAAAAGGUUAGUGGGAAAAGAAAGAACAUGCAAUACAGUAGAAAGGGAUAAAGAGGGGGUACAACCAACAGAGCCCUUCCCCAGAAUAGAGGAAUAAGUCCCAUUAGCCAAUUUGACCUUACCAUUACCUGGAUAAGUAGUGUACUGUGAAAAAAGAGACAAACGGCUUAUCAUAUGAUCAGAAGCCCCCAGAGUCUAUAAUCCAAGGGUAGAAAGGACAGACGUAGUAUGGCCACAAAAGGAAAUACUUGACCUAAAAGGGGUGGAAUGAGCAGAGCUCGCAGUGGUAGGUGCAAGAAAGUCUGGACGUGUCAAGAGGCAUCGGAGGGCAGUAAGCUCCUCAAAUGAUAGUGAGGCUACUGAGGAGCUAAGAGCAGAGUCAGAGUCAGGGCUCUCAGUAUGGUUGGCCUGCCUAGAAGUACCGGCACGACCUUUCCCUCACCCUUUUCCAGAUGUAUCAGUAGGACGACCAUGAAGCUUCCAGCAAUGCUCCUUGGUGUGACGCUCCUUCCCACAAUAAUCGCACUUCACUAAAGUCUUAGUAGAGGAGUCACCAGACUGUGGGGUUGCACUAAGGGAUUGAGUGCCAAAAACAAGUGCAGAUCUCUCAGUAGGAGUGGCAGCUUGCUGUGGAAGCAUGGUGGUACGUUGACUAUCCUCAAGUUGGAUCACAGCAUAGACUUGAUCCAAGGUAGGAAAGGGGUCAAGACUUAAAACCUGGGACCCAACUGAUCAAACUCCACAUUUAGACCGACUAGAAAGUCCUAAACCCUGAUUUUGUCCUCUCGCUUUUGAAACUUGGUGAUAUCUUCAGCGGUGGAAGGAGUAUACACCUUAUAGAAAUCCAACUCAGUCCAUAGUGACCGUAACUUAUAGUAGUACUGUGACAGAGUGAGUCCUCUCUGCCUCAAAUCACGAACUUUCUGACGAAACUCAAAGACCUGAGCAUCAUUCCCUGCCUGGGAAUAGAUAUUCUGGAUAGACUUCCAGAUCUUCGCAGCGGAGUCAAGGAGGAGAUAGCCACGUUAAAGCUGUGGCAACAUGGAGUUGACAAGGAAGGCCAUAACCAGAGAGUUGGCACACUCCCACUCUUCAAUCUCAGCACCGGUGGUCUGAAGCUUCGUGGUUCCAGUGAGGUACUCAUAAUAGCCACGGGACUUUAUGGAGAUGCAGACCGAGCAUGACCACAUAAGGUAGUUUAUGCCAUCAAGCUUGAUAGCAUAAGGAGAAAAGGUAGGAAGAGUUGUGGUGUCUCUGCCAGUAGAAGUAGAUUAGAUGGUAGACAUGGUUGCCACUCAAGGGGCCUAUGCAAAUAGAAGAGACACUAGCCGGAGAUAGAGAAAGCACCAAAAUAAUUAGAAAAAGCUAAAAGACCAAAAAAUCGAUAAAGGGUAAAACUGUGAGAAAACGAUUUUGGGGAUAGCUCUAGAACAAAAACCUCAAACAAAAAAGUGGUCGGUACAUACCACUAUAAGGAUAAAAGGCACCAAUUGCAACAAAAAUCAAGGCGAUCAGAGCAUCGAGCUAGAAAAAAGCAUCUCGGCAAUGAAAAAACAUUCUUAGGGAGAAAUCCUGAAAAAGUGAUGGGGAUAGCUCUAGAACAGAGACCUCAAACAAAAAAAUGGUCGGUACAUACCACUACAAGGAUAAGAGGCACCAAUCGCAACAAAAAUCAAGACGAUCGGAGCAUCGAGCGGGGAAAAAGCAUCUCUGCAAUAAAAAAGUUCUUAGCGAGAAAACCCUGAAAAAGUGAUGAAAAAAGUUUCUGGGUCUCUCAAAUCAUUGUAGAAGAGAGUAUGAGAGCCCAGGGGAAGGAUGAGUGGAGGCUAGAAAACCUCUUGGUGGUUUAAGAAGUUCCCACCACGAGAGAGAAGCAGAUGAAGAGAAAUGGAGGGAGGUGCAGAUGAAGGAGGCACUGCGAGAGAGAGAGAGAAAUGAAAAAGAGGCAAAGAGAUUGAGAAGAGGGAGAGCCCUCAGGGUUUUGAAUCCUAAGGCUUUGAUACCAUGUUGAAUGGGGUAAUGACUUGUGUCUAAUAUGACACCAACCCUCUCUAUUUAUAACAAUGGAGAGAAGGUUUUAGAGAAUUACAAAGACCAUUAAACCCCUUAGGGUCCAUUUGGUAAUUGACACUUUCCCUUAAACCCAUAAAACCCAUUGUUACAACAAUUGAACUGCCAUCAUCUUUUCGUGUUUGGCUCUUGCACUCUUGGGUGGGCCCAUUAGCGUGAUCCGAUUCCGAUUUUGGGAAUUCGGUCCCGCAUUAGAUAUGAUAAGAGCUAAAUUGGGAGUGGUCUCGAUUCAGGACAAGCUUUGAGAAUGCCGCUUAAGGUGGUAUGACCAGGUCCUUCGGGGGCCUUGGGAUGCUCUAGUAAGAGGAUUGAUUAGAUCUAGUGGGAAGGAGGUAAAAGAGCUAGGGGUAGGCCUAAAAUGUCCAUUGAUGAGUUUGUAAGGAAAGAUAUGUAGAGGCUAGGUCUAGAUCUUAGUAUGACUUCAAAUAGAGCUAUUUAGAGGGCAAAGAUCUAUGUUGCUGACUGCGUUUUAGGUGGGAUGCCUUGGAGGUGUUCCACUGCUUUAUUUCUUUUAUGUGUGUUUUCCCCUUUUUCCCUUUUCCUUUUAUCUUAUACUUUGUCAGAUCCAUGCAGCCAACCCAUUUAUUUAGGAAAGACUGAGUUGUUGUUGUGUCUUUUAAUUCCUUAUGAUUAUUUUCACUUUUAAAUUGAUUAUAUUUGUUCUAACUUCUAAAAUCAUUAGAUGAUAUGUGGAUUGUGGAAUCCUAGGGUCCGAAGACUACCCACAUAGGGUCAGUCAUAGUACCAAUUUUGGAUUUGAUUUUUUGAAAACUAAGGUUUCCACUGUGUUUAGAAGGCCCAAAAUAAAAAAUUUCAGGGGCUAAAAAUCCCAUAUGGCCAUCAAGACCAACCACCAAGACCACUGGGAAAAAUGUACUAGAUCUUGGCAAUGCCGAGGUCUCGCCAGAUCUCGGUAUUUUGGCCUAGCGAAAUGCCGAAUCCUGGGUCUAGAUCGAGAGCUUAAACCUUGAUGACAACUAUGGUUACAAGUAUAAGUUCAUGUGUAGAAGUGUUAUAACUAGUCAAGUACAAGUGUACAACAUAAAGGUUAAAACACCCCUACACAUAGUUGUCAUGGCACGUAAGUGACCCAAGGCAUUGAAGGGGGCCUAGACACAAGUUGACACCCGAAAGACGAUCAAGGCGUCUAAGGCGCCCUCAUAGGUGACCACGGUGUCCAAGGCGCUUGGACGCCUUAGCAACAACUUGACAACUAUGCAUGCCUAUGAAACUAUUCCUCCAACUCUAUGUCAAUGCCACAAAGUUCUGGGAAGGCUCGAAACCUUUGGGGAAAUGAGUAUACCUCUAAGUUUGAAUCUUACACAAAUCAUGUUCAAAUAUGGCAAAUCAUUGUUCUAGAUGUGUUUUAGUAGUCCUCAUCACUUUGUUCCAACAAGAAAUGUAGGUGAUUUCAUAAAAAAUACCAAAUCUAGGUUUUUUUUUUUUUUUUUUUUUCAAGUUUUUUUCCCUCUGAUAAGCAAAACUGCUUGAAACUCACAAAAUGGGUUGAAAUUUCUUGCUAUUUUGAUUUCAAUAGUGCUUUUAUAUGCACUGUUUUUGUCGAAAUGCUGAAAUUUCAGUUGAAACCCUACAUUCCUAUUGAGUUGCUCCUAGAUUUGUUUUGACCUUCGUCGAAACCGAAAUAUUUUGCGAAAUCUCAGUGGUUUUUUGACCAGAUUUCAAACUAUGUUUGAGGCUAUGAUCGAUAACUAAAGGUGAACCUAUCUGUCGAGCUUCAGCCCCAAAACCUGCUUAAUUGGGAAGUUGCAAUCGAAAUUCUGGUCUGGUCUUUCCUUCCUAUCAUCAUAUCCAAUUUCGGAAACAUGUUCCCUAACAAAUCUUGAGUUUUGGGGUUCCUUUGGCCUAGAUUCUAUACAGCUGGUGAAUGCGAGCAUGUGCCUAAGAUUUCCAGAGAUUCGAACCCUUGGGUGAGGAAGUACAGCUUUCACAAGUAGUUUCUGUAUUCCACCCUACUGGUCUUAUCGCAUGGUAGAAUAAGGUGAACAAUCCCUAAAUUACAAGUAAGGAUAUGUUGUCACUUUUAUUACCUUACUACGCUUCCUUUCAUAAGUUGUCUAUAUUAUUCCUCACAUGUUUUGAAAUCCCAAAAAUAUCCACCCUUCAAGUUAUUUUCCUGUUUUGCCUCUAUGUUCUGUUUCUUCUUCGGGAAUGAUUACAAGAUUGCUGCUGCUCCUUUAUGUUUAGAUUUUCAUCACUAUAGUGUGCCCAUAGCGAGCUACUUCAGAGUUUAGGACCUGUGGUUGUAUCAGGUAGGCUAGUGAUAGAUCCCUUCUUUAUAUUGUUUGGACAUAAAACGUUAAUGGCAAGAUGUAAUUAUUAGAGGCCUCAGUGUGGUGGAAUUGGCUGAAUUCUCAGAGAUGCAGUUGCCUCUUUCUAACGGCAGUUGAUAGAAGCACCUUACUUGAAAUUCUCUUUUUGGGUGAAUUUGGCUACUCUUUCAUCAUCAUCAUUUGGUGAAUUAAGGGAGGCUUGCUGUCUGAGUAAAUCAAUACAUUCUACAGUCUGAUGAUCCUUCCGCUUUCUUCUAAAGCUUGUUUACACUUUUUCGAUUGCUACUUCAGAUGCAUUUAACCCUGGUAGUCUCCCUAGAGUUACUCUUAAUUUGGAGAUCUCUUUUUGGAAUUAGUAUAAAUCAUGCUAAUUGUUCCUUGUCCUACUUCCAUCUCCCCCUGAAGUUGUACUAAUUGCAGGUAAUCUUGACCUGGAGAGUUGUGUAGAAUUUCUUUUUUCCCUUUCAAUUGUUCUGAAAGAGACUGCAGAAAUUGGAUCAACAUUGUGGUAUGUGAAUAUUUUCGAUGCAUGUUAAAAUUAGCAUGAUAUGAAGUUCACUUGAAGUCGUUUACUCUUUAUGAGAAAGCUGACACGAGCCACUGUGAAUGUCCUAUGUCUUUUCCUUGGACAUCUUAUUCCAGUAGAGGCUUAGGACAACUAAUUCUAUUGUGAAUGAGUUAGGUGAGGAAAGUUUUGGGAGGGAGUCUAAAUAACUUGAUAUGUAUAUACUCUAGCAUCAGAUUUUUUGUUACUCUAUUGUCUUACCAUUUCUUGGUUUGAUUGUCAUAGUCUCUGUUUUAUAUAUGUAUGUAUAUACGAGGUUUGGAAGGAUUCUCUAUAUCUUGAUCCUUGUACCAUAGCAUGAGCCGUUUGUUGUUUUGUUGCUUUUAGUGAUUCUUAUUUUUGACUUAUUGAGACUAAUAUCCAUUACUCUUCAAACUACUCAGUUUUGGUUUACGACCUACAAAGGGCGUGCUUCUCCAAGGCCCUCCUGGGACUGGAAAAACAUCUUUGGUUCAUUCAUGUGCUUGUGAUACUGGUAUCAGCAUGUUCUCUGUAAAUGGACCUGAGGUUGUGAGUCAAUAUUGUGGUGAAAGUGAGCAAGCAUUGCAUGGAGUUUUUGAUUCAGCCAGCAAAGCUGCAACUGCUGUGGUCGGAUCUUCUUUCCCCCUUCAUGUUGAGAAACCCUCUUAUUUCCCUACUCUUUAUGUCUUUAUAUUUUGUUUUUAGCAUUCGUUGUCUAACGUUGUUCCCCAAGAGUUCAUUUUCUUACCUUUCCUUUUUAUCUUCCAUCUGAGUUUCCAUGUGUUAUGAGCCUUUCACGUGCUUUGCUUCCAUUAUCGAUGCUGUCCGUGUUGGGGUCGAAGUAGGAUGUGGAGUUGUUGAUUUUAUACCCUAACAAAUGUGUUUUAUAAUCCUGUGGUAAAUUAGUUACUCAUUACCACGUAAGGAUGGUUGCUGUUAAUUCCUGUGAGUGUGAUAAUUCCACACAAAUAAAAUUGAGUUGCUGCAGAAAACUCCUUGUUUGUCGGUCUUUCACACAUGACUGCCAUUGUACAUACUCUUAGCUCUUAUAAUUCCGAGUGAAGGUUUUUCUCCCCCUCCUUCCCCCCUCUCUCUCUGUCUCUCACCAGUCACCCACUUACCCCACCCUUUUUUCUGAUAAGCUAAUGAAUUUUGGGGUACUAGGAUAAGCUAAUGAUAAGAGGCUUCUGCAUCAUUAUCCAAGAGUUGUCAUCAUAAAUAAGAAAAUGUUUUCUUUACAACCUGAAUUAACUUCGUGUUGUCAGUCCUUGUAAAUUGAACUUUUGAUUUGGUUACACUUGGGUUGAGAUGCUUUGUUGAUUCUUGAGCCUCACUCCUAAUUUUUUUUCUAUCUUUGUGCUGUCCCUAAAAUUCUUAUAUUUUAGUAUUGGCGGUUAUAAUUUUUUGUUUGAAGAUUUGUAGUUCUAAAUAUUUUAACCAUAUAGAGAGUUUAUGGUGUUGUUUCUUGGACAGAAUGGAGGGGUUAAGCUGAUGUCCCAAUCUAUACCAUUGAAGUUUCCUCCUCCCUUUCACACUUUUUCUGAUUUUUCUUUAGAAACUAAACUGGGUUAGCUUAGUUUUCAUCUUGUGUAUGAUUGAAAGGUUGCUGUCUCAUAGGUGUUCAUUGACGAGUUGGAUGCCAUUGCUCCUGCACGGAAGGAUGGAGGUGAAGAGUUUUCUCAAAGAAUUGUUGCAGCAUUGUUGAAUUUGAUGGAUGGUAUUAGUAGAACUGAAGGCAUACUAGUCAUAGCUGCCACCAACCGACCUGAUAGUAUUGAUCCAGCGUUGAGUCGGCCUGGGAGGCUUGACAGAGAAAUUGAAAUUGGCGUGCCUUCUCCGAAGCAGCGAUUGGAUAUUUUACUUACUCUUCUUGGUGAAAUGAACCAUUCUCUUUUAGACAUUGAAGUUCAGCAUCUUGCUUCAACCACACAUGGAUUUGUUGGAGCUGAUUUAGCCGCACAUUGUAAUGAAGCAGCAUUCGCUUGUCUUAGGCGCUAUAUUAAAUUUAAGAAAUCUGGUUCUCCUUCCCAAGUAAAACCUGAUGAUGUGCUGCCUGAGGGACUGAAUCUCUCAGAUGAAAUUUGUUCAGCUGAUAUACAUGGAAGCUCUGAUCUUCCUAAAGGUACAAGGAACCUCUUUUCCACAGAGAAUGAAGAUUCUGCAUCAUCAUCAUCUAUAUCAGAUCUGAAUGUGCCAUCAGAGAUUUCCAAAGCUUCUGUCUUCUGUUCGACAGUGCAAAAUAGUAGGGUCGCAUUUCAAAAUGUUCUAUUGAGUAGUGUUGAGAGGGAUUGUGAAGUUGAGGAAAAAUCUUUAAUGAAAGUAGCAUUUGAAGAUUUUGAAAAGGCUAAGAUGAAAGUGAGGCCCAGUGCUUUGCGAGAGGUUCUACUUGAGGUCCCCAAGGUUUGCUGGGAUGAUGUUGGUGGCCAGAAUGAGGUUAAGAAACAACUGAUGGAAGCUGUAGAAUGGCCACAAAAGCAUCAAGAUGCUUUCAAGCGCAUUGGAACUCGUCCACCAACAGGGGUGCUGUUGUUUGGUCCUCCUGGUUGCAGCAAAACCCUUAUGGCGCGUGCUGUAGCUUCUGAAGCAGGGUUGAACUUCCUUGCUGUAAAGGGCCCAGAACUAUUUAGUAAAUGUGUUGGUGAAUCUGAAAAGGCUGUAAGGUCUCUAUUUGCCAAGGCUAGGGCCAAUGCCCCCUCGAUUGUGUUUUUUGAUGAAAUAGAUGGUCUUGCCACCAUUCGUGGCCAGGAAAAUGAUGGGGCUUCUGUUGCUGAUAGGGUCAUGAGUCAACUUCUAGUUGAAUUGGAUGGUUUGCACCAAAGAGUUGAUGUUACUGUUAUUGCUGCCACAAACCGUCCGGACAAGAUUGAUUCAGCACUUUUAAGACCUGGACGAUUUGACCGGCUGUUGUAUGUGGGACCUCCAAGUGAACUUGAUCGAGAAGAUAUAUUCCGGAUCUAUGUGCGCAAGAUGCCAUGCAGUUGUGAUGUUAGCUUGAGGGAGCUUGCAUGUCUCACACAAAGCUGUACUGGGGCAGAUAUAUCAUUAGUCUGUCGGGAAGCAGCUGUUGCAGCAAUUGAAGAGAGCCUUGAUGCAUCAGAAAUUAAAAUGGCACAUUUCAAGACGGCAAUUGAACAAGUGCAGUCAUACCAAAAAUAUUCAGCAAAGUUCCAAAGGCUUGUCUCCAGUAGUUUUACUAGUGAUGAUAUGGAGUGUCAAGCAAGUUCCAGAAAUUCCUACUGGAUUUCUUCUGCAGGUCACAACUGAAAAUCUGUUGUGCUUCUGUUCUUCCGGUUCCCAGCAGCACUUGCAUCAUCAUAGGCCUCAUAGGCCUCUUCAUGUGGCUGGCGGCGGGCAUCCUUUUCACUGGUUUAUGCAGUCAUGUGCCCUUCAAUUUUGUCUCUUGAAAAAUGUUUGGCAAUUCAUUACAAGCAGCUCAUGUAUCACAAAUCCUGUCCAAGCGAUUGAUAUGGGUGAAUUAAUUACCCAUGAGUGUACAAAAAUGGACUUCACUAAGAAUUUUGAAAGUGUUCCAUGGUUUGUGUUGGAGAAAUGGACUUUCCUUCAACGUUUUCUUCUUUCAAUUCCAUGGAAGGUCACGCACCAGUUUAGGGAGGCUAAUCCUAUUUCAAAUUAUUUGGCCAAGGAUGCGGCAAAAACAGGUGUGAUGAUAGACUUUCCAUCUCAUAUAAAAGAUUAGUUAGCUAAA